UAGCUAACGUUAAUGCUUGGUGGUUGGAAAUGUUUAAAGCAAAAAUACUCUUUAUUGGCCCCAACGAGAGCGGGAAAACAGUUCUUGCUAAUUUUCUCUCCGACACAGUAGAAAAUGUGGACAGUGAAUACAGACCUACUCGAGGAGUAAGGAUACUGGAAUUUGAAUCGCAACCUGAAGGCAGUGGUGACAACGCAAAAUGUGAGGUUGAACUUUGGGACUGUUCAGGAGAUUUUAAAUUUGAAUCGUGCUGGCCUGCAAUGAUAAAGGACUCCAGCGGUGUGGUGAUCAUUUUCAAUCCUGAUGCUCCCAAUCACCUCAAAGAGAUCGAGACGUGGUACUCGAUGUUCAUCGCCUCUCAAAGUUUGCAGGACAAGCAGUGUUUACUCGUGGCUCAUCACAAGCCCGGCAGCAGAGUAGAAGACGGACGGCUGCCUUUAGCCUCACAUUUGAGCCGACUGGCGCUUAUUCACUCCAACCUGGAGGAGGAACCGGAGGAUGCGAGGCAAGCUUUCUGCAGAUACUUGGGAAAUGUUGUAAAUACGAUGUCGGAAAGUCGAGAGCGAGAGGAGAUGUCCAUCAUUACGUAGCAGCAAAAUCUGUAACAUAUGCAGCUUAGCGAGGAUGUAUUUUGUCAGUAAUCUCUGUUAAAGUCACAUUCAUGAAUAUUUUAAUUCUACAUCUUUGCUGUCAUUCAGCUGUGCAUGAAACGUCCACCUUGUUAACGCUUCAGCAAAAUAUUUUGUAGUUUGUAAAUGAAAUAUAACUCACUCCUGUUGGAAAUGAAUACUCAAGAGAAACAAGUAUACUUCUAUGACUAUGGAAACUGUUUAUUUGAAAAUGUGGUGCAGGUUGUUGAGAAUGAGACGAGUAGAAGUGCAAAAGGAGAAAGACCAGUCCAACAUUCAGACAUUGUAUCCAACAAUGCCUCCUUUGCCAAUGCACUCUCCAAUGAAGAACCACAUCAGCACCUCGGUGGCCACGAGUCCAUUCCUAAAGGCGUCCUACAAAACAAAGCAAGAAAAUAUAAAUUAUUCAACUCAAGACAACUGAUUUAAUGACAGUCUAAAGAUUUAGAAAAUGAAUUAUGGUAGUUUAUAUUUAAGGCCUGACAAUACAUGAAAGAAUAAAUAUAGAGUGGGAAAAGUCCCUAUCCAUGCAUACAGAUACGCACUACCAGUCACAGACGACACACUAUGGACACACACACUAACAGAAUACAUAUUUCAUUGCAGAUGUUUAUGAAGUUUGUUAUUGUUAACUUCUGACAGUCUUUGCACAAAGUGUUUUUCUGCUCAUUUUCCACUGAACUAACAGACUUCCUACACUGGUAGUUUACUCAUGAGGCCCACUAGGUUUACUUCUAUUGUCACGGUACAGUUAUUCAGUCAUUUCUAUUGUAUAUGCAGAUAAAAUCAACUGUAUGACUGGUGUAAACAACAGGACUGGACAGCCAAGGAACUGCUGACCAUCUGGCCUUUACAACUUCUGUCAGAUCCAGAAAGGUUUAUGGCCUUCUGUAAAAUAACAUGCUUACUGUGUAUACAGUGUGCAGCAUCUCUGCAUCUUUACUUUGGCAGAAUGACUUCAGGGCUUUUACUGUCACUACAGCUACUUCCAUUGAUUAUUUUCAAAUUACUAAAAUAAACAUCAGUCAAUAAUGUCACAAAAUAUAAAAAAGCACGUCUCUGAUCCCGAGGUUGCAUAUUCAAAUAGCUUGCAUUGUCUGUCCAACAGUCCAAAAAAUGACAGAUAUCCCUUUAUCACAUCAAACGGAGCAAGGCAGUAAAUAGUCUGAGUGAAGAAGCUGAAAUCCACCAAUCAAACCAAGUGUUUGUCAUUAUCAAUAUUCAAAAUUGUUUUUAUUGUCUGCUGCCUAAUGGUUCAUGGACUCAUUGUUCUGUACUGACAACACGUAAUUACAGGCUGUAUUUCUACAACAAACUGUAGAUUAUAACUGUUCCUAAUUCAUGCCAUUCAAGCCACACAAACAAAAACAAUACAUACACAUACACAUAUUGCUGAGCACUCAACUCACGGUUCAGACGCACACAAAAAAGAAAGUGAUUCUCACACUUGCAGGGACUCACCUUUACUGUCGUUUGUCCCAACCGUCCUGACUGCACGCUCUUGAUGAGGCCCGAUGCGGCCUCUAUGGCUUUGGGGAUCUCAGCAGGGGACGGUGGGACGAGCUCCACGCGCGCAUAGUGCCAGAAGGUCGCGAGUCGGGGUUUGGAGUAUGUGACAGCGGCUGCGAAUGAUUCAAACGGAAACGGCGUUGGCUAAUGCACAGCAAAGUCUCGGAGCCAUUUCAUGUUGUUCUAAAGACAACCUGUCGCAGUGGUUGAUUCAUGUAUCGACACCUGCGUUGACCAAAGGUCACACAGAAGCUGUAACAACGUCACCGAGCUCGUGCUGCACGGUGUUCUCCACUUCCUCAGUUUAUAAUUGGUUAAAAAAAAGUACGAAAGUAAACUUACCACCGACUAAAGUUGGUACUUUUGCAACGAGUUUCUGAACUGCCUGAGCCAUAAUGAAGAGAGAGAGAGAGAGU